AUGGCUGAGGGCGAGGACCUGCAGACCUUCACCUCCAUCAUGGACGCGCUCGUCCGCAUCAGCACCAGCAUGAAGAACAUGGAGCGGGAGCUGGUGUGCCCGGUGUGCAAGGAGAUGUACAAGCAGCCGCUGGCACUGCCCUGUACCCACAACGUGUGCCACGUGUGUGCCAGCGAGGUGCUGCUGCAGCACGGACACCUGUACUGCGACCCCACCUCCGAGCCCACCUCGCCUGCAGCCACCCCGUCCACCCGCAGCCCCCGCCUGGGCCGCAGGGCUGUCCCCAAACCCGAUCGGCUCGACCGCCUCCUGAAGUCAGGCUUCGGCACCUACCCAGGGCGCAAGCGGGGGGCCGUGCACCCCCAGACCAUCAGCUUCCCGUGCCCCGCCUGCCAGCGGGAUGUGGACCUGGGUGAGCGGGGUCUGGGCAGCCUCUUCCGUAACCUGACCCUGGAGCGGGUGGUGGAGCGGUACCGGCAGACCAUCAACAUCAGCGCGGCCAUCAUGUGCCAGUUCUGCAAGCCCCCGCAGCUGGAGGCCACCAAGGGCUGCACGGAGUGCAAGUCCAGCUUCUGCAAUGAGUGCUUCAAGCUCUACCACCCCUGGGGCACUCAGAAAGCCCAGCAUGAGCCCACGCCCCCCACCCUCACCUUCCGCCCCAAGGGGCUGAUGUGCCCGGAGCACAAGGAGGAGGUGACUCACUACUGCAAGACCUGCCAGCGGCUGGUGUGCCAGCUCUGCCGCGUGCGCCGCACCCACACCAGCCACAAGAUCACCCCAGUGCUCAGCGCCUACCAGGCCCUCAGGGAGAAGCUGACGAAGAGCCUCGCCUACAUCCUGAGCAGCCAGGACACGGUGCAAACCCAGAUUGCUGAGCUGGAGGAGACAGUGAAGCACACGGAGGUGAACGGCUCACAGGCCAAGGAAGAGGUGUCACAGCUAAUCCAGGGGCUCUGUACCAUGCUGGAGGAGAAGAGGGCCACGCUGCUGCAGGCCAUCGAGGAGUGCCAGCAGGAGCGGCUGGCCAGCCUGCACGGCCAGAUCCGGGAGCACCAGGCCAUGCUGGAGAACUCGGGCAUGGUGGGCUAUGCCCAGGAGGUGCUGAAGGAGACUGACCACCCCUGCUUUGUCCAGGCUGCCAAGCAGCUGCACAACAGGAUCCUCAGGGCCACCGAUUCGCUGCAGAGCUUCCGUCCUGCAGCCAACGCCUCCUUCAGCCACUUCCAGCUGGAUGUCAGCAGGGAGCUGAAGCUGCUCACUGACCUGGCCUUCAUCCGAGCGCCCGAGGCCCCCGUCAUCGACACGCAGCGCACCUACACCUACGACCAGAUCUUCCUGUGCUGGCGGCUGCCGCAGCACUCGCCGCCCGCCUGGCACUACACCGUGGAGUUCCGCAAGACCGACGCCAAGGCCAAGGGGCUGAAGCUGUGGCAGCGGCGGGAGGAGGUGCGGGGCACCUGCGCCCUCGUCGAGUACCUGGACACCGACAGCGUCUACGUGCUCCGGGUGAAGGGCUACAACAAGGCAGGCUUCGGCGACUACAGUGAGGACAUCUACCUGCACACGCCGCCCGCCCCAGUCCUCAACUUCUUCCUGGACAACCGCUGGGGCUUCAACCGGGACCGGCUGGCCAUCAGCAAGGACCAGCGCGCCGUGCGCAGCGUCCCCGGCAUCCCCAUGCUGUUCGCGGCCGAGCGCCUGAUGACCAGCUGCCACCUGUCCAUCGACCUGGUCAUCGGCGACGUGGCCAUCACCCAGGGCAAGAGCUACUGGGCCUGCUGCGUGGACCCCAGCUCCUACCUGGUGAAGGUGGGCGUGGGGCUGGAGAGCAAACUGCAGGAGUGGUUCCAGGUGCCACAGGACGUGGUGAGCCCCAGGUAUGACCCUGACAGUGGCCACGACAGCGGGGCAGAGGACACAACCGUGGAGGCGCCUCCUCCCUACGCCUUCCUCACCAUCGGCAUGGGCAAGAUCCUGCUGUCGCACGGCUCUGCCCUCACGUCCCGCGACCCCAACGGCUGCACCGUGCCCCUGCCCCCACGCAUCGGCAUCUGCCUGGACUAUGAGCAGGGCAAGGUGAGCUUCUACGAUGCUGUCUCCUUCCGUGAGCUCUGGGAGUGCGGCGUGGACUGCUCGGGGCCCGUCUGCCCCGCCUUCUGCUUCAUCGGAGGGGGUGCCCUGCACCUCCAGGAGCUGGUGGCCAACAAGCAGGAGCGGAAAGUGACCAUCGGGAACUUCGCCAAGCUGGACUGAGCCAUGCCCGUGGUGCCCGCACGCCACUGGCUCUGCCCCCUGG